UCGUGCAAGGCAAGUGGCCGGCAGAGGAUGAAAAAUUGAAAUUGAUGUUUUGCCUCAAACAUAAACAUUUUUAAUUUUUCGUGUGGACAGUCUGUCGCUGUGUUGUAUUGUUUGACAAUAUUUCCUUGAGUUUGCCGUACGAAACACAAUGCCACUUCCAGCUGCUCUUGCAGCGAGGUUGGCAAAGAGAGGUCUUGUCAAACCUGCUGAAAUUGAAGCAAGAGAACAUGAUAAAAGAGAAGUGGAAGAAGUUAUUGCAGAAGAUUAUGAUGAAAGGGAAAGAGACAGAUUGGGUGGUAUGGAUGACGACGACCCAAUGAAUGUCGCAAACCUCGAGAAGAAAUUUCAGGGUCAUCCAGGGUGUCCCAAUAAAUACAACAUAUAUCAUGACUGCACCAAGGCGUGUGCCGAACUUUGGGGUGGAGGAAAGCUCGAACCUGAUGCUCGCUAUUUAAGGAAAAAAAAUAAAAUGUUAAAGAAGUAUCCACUGCCAGAAAGCUGGAAAGAAGUUUAUGAUCCUGGCCUGGGGCGGCACUACUACUGGGAUACAGACACAGAUGUGGUUUCCUGGUUGCCUCCCACACAUCCCAAGGCUUCUGUAUCCAUGUGUGCAGCUAAUCUUCGUGAAGAAAGACACUUAGCUGAAGGAGAUCAUGAUGAUGAAGAUGAGGAUGACGAGGAAGAGGAAGAAGAAAAGGAUGAUGCGCCUGAAGAAAUGGAUGAGGACAAAGAUCAAGAGGAUGCCAUUGCUGAACGAAAGCGCAGGCAAAGGGAGGAGCGUGAGCGCAUUAGAGCCCGUGGCCGUACGAAGGUUCGGGACAAUGACUUAGAUCCCAUGGAUCCUGCAUCAUACUCUGAUAUUCCCAGGGGUACAUGGUCUACUGGUUUGCCUCAGCAAAAUGAGGCUAAGACAGGAGUGGACAUGACAGCAUCAGGACCUCUGUACCAAAUGCGUCCCUAUCCUAGUCCUGGUGCAGUUCUUAGAGCUAACAAGAAGCCGCCUCCCAAAACUGACAAGAAAGUCUCUUUGCCUGAGCUUCCAUAAUUGAUAAAAGGACCCUGUCUCACAGCUUAAGAGUUAAUUUGACCUCAGUUUAACACUGUGACUCAAGUGUUAAAAAAAGUGUUUUUGCAUUUGAUUGUAUGAUAUGAACUUUGUAAAUAAAUUAAAAAAUUUGAACAGCA